AUGGGUGGAAAAACCAAAUCAAGCCAACGUACAAAAAAUAAUGUUCGACCAUCUAGCAGUGGUAGAAGUGCAGAACUCCUCCAUAAUGCGACCAACCUGGAUCCGUCAUUGCUAAGUGGGGGCAAGAUGAUGACGGCCUUAUUCCCCACAAUCCCCACCCCAGUAUUAGAUCAAGCUUUACCGUCAGAAUUCUCCGUUUGUAUAAAGAAACUUAAUAAGAAAGAUCCGGUCACCAAAGUAAAGGCACUACUGGAACUGAACGAGCUGGUAGGCAACAGUAAAGUCGACGAUGUCGUAUUGGUGUUGCCGAGUUGGGCCCACUUCUACAAAAUACUAGCGGUCGACGUCGACUGCAAAGUUCGGGAAACAGCACAGAUGUGCCAGUGGUCGUUCGCGCGCGCAUGCGGGCGGCGCCUGGCGCCGGCGCUGCGGGCUCUGCUGCCCGCGUGGCUGCAGGCGCAGCACGACGACCACGCGCCCGCCGCCGCGCACGCGCAGCUCGCGCUCAAGGUACUCCCCGCCCGGUGUUCGAAAAUCAUGUUUCUUGUUUUAGAGCCCUGCGCCAAAAUCCGUCCUUCCACGGCUACUUUCCCGGAGAACAAACUGCCAGAAGUUAUAUCGUUCUGCAAGGCCGAGGUCAUGGCUAAUCUACUCGACGGUCUCAUCGGAAAUGGCCAAAAAACCCUCAUCAAACCAGCAGAAGGUGCGGAGGAGCGCUCGCUGCAGCUGCAGCGGCUGGCCAGCAGCAGCCUGCAGGGGCUGCAGCACCUGGCGCGCCACCUGCCCGCCGCCCACCACCGCUGGCUGUGGGACGAGCUCGCGCCGCUGCUGCACUCCGCCACCUACUGGCACUACGCCUCGCACUCCUCGCCCCAGCUCAGGGCGGCCUGGUUCGCAGCCAUGGGGCGCGUGGUGGAGCGGUUCGCGAGCAUGUUCGCGGACAAGUUCGGCGCGCGCCUGCUCAAGCUCGUGCUCGCGCAGCAGCGCUGGGACUGCCUGCUGCUCUUCAUGCACAGCGUGCCUGACUGGCAUAGAUACCUAGAGAGAAACGAUGUCCUCACCGGCAGAAUCCUGGAUAUGUUAGAAAAAGGUGGAUGGGGUGACGCCAAGCGCCUGAGCGAUAUGCUGCUGCCGUUGUUAGCGCAUCUCCCGCGAGAGAUGCUCACAAAGAACUUCUACGAAACGUUCUUCGAUUCGUUCUUCAAAGGCUUAGCGAAGAAGAAUACGUCGAGUUCAAAGACCGAACGCCAGUACUGGAUCUCGAGUCUAGCCGAAUGUUUGAGGUAUCUCUCAAUCCAGCAGAACGAUUUCGUUGUAGAAGUAACCACGGCCGUCCACAGGAACUGGCUCGAAGUGGCUCUCUCCACGGACCGAGAUGGACUACUGAGGACUAACUUGAUCAAGCACUCCGCUACCGAUAUGGUAGCUUUAGUGAAAUUCUGGCUAAAACAAUCCAAGGAAGCGAACGGUGACAAAUACGACCAGCUGAUCAGAAACUUCUGGCAGAACGUGUGUGCGACGGUUCUGACGCAAAUCGAAAAACUGGAGGGCGCUGACGUCGCCCUCGUGGUAGACGGCCAUAUCCUUCUCCUUCAGACUUUGAAAACGGCCUUCUCGAGCGAGAGCAAAAAGAGCCAGAGUGUAAGGUUUGACGGUGACGCGCCGAACGAAGCCCAAGUUAAGGUUCCGACGCCAGAGGUUGACGCCGCGACGUCGGAAAGGUACAACCAUAACUUAAACGAAGUAGUACAAAAGAUCUGUUGCAACUACUUCGAGUACGCCGACAAAAAUGACAUCUCUGAUCCCGUGUUGAUGCCUUUGAUCACUAUAAUAAACGAGUUCGAUAGUAAAAGCCUGUACGAUGCUCUGGCGAGACAUUUUUCGGCGACUGGCGUGUAUGAUUUUUACGAGAAAGUGUUGAUGAAAUGGAUGUUAAGGGAUACGAUGCGCUCCAAGACUAUCGUCGAUAUCACCUUCAUGUUAAUCAUACAUUUAACCGAGGAAGAGCAGGACGCCGUCAUGAAGUCUUUCGAUAAGAACGCGUCCAGCAGGGGACGUUCUUUUUUCCGACGAAAAGGGGAAGAGACCGCUCUCGGUCCGUUCGAAAACGAGAGAGGCGACGUCGACGACUCCAGACGUCCUACUAAAACGGAAACCGCGCGUUCCCAGUUGGGGCGGUGCGCGGUGGAGUGGGGCGUGGGCGCGGCGCUGUGCCACCGCCAGUGGCGCGUGCGGGCCGCGCGCCUCUGGCUGCGGUCGCGCGCCGUGCGGGCCGCGCUGCUGCGCCUCGCGCGCGCCCCCCCGCGCCCGCAAGGGCCCGCCGCGCGCGACCUGCUGCUGCUCAGCCUGUCCACGGACGCCAGCGGCGAGAUGCUAAUAAGCGAAGAGACGGCGUCCGAGAUAGCGGACGCGGUGAGCGACGGACUGGGCGAGUGCCUGCAGGCGGGGCCGGGGGCGGAGGCGGGGGCGGGGCCGGAGCGGGGCGCGCGCGUGGCGGCGCACGUGGCGGCCGCGCUGGCGCCGCGCUGCCCCGCGCGGCUGCUGCGGGCGCUGCUGCGGCUCGUGCUGCAGGUGCCGCGUGGAGAUCCGCGUCUAAGCGUAGACGGAUGGCGCGAGGCUCGAUCCGCCGCUCACGACGGACUCAUCGCGUUACCGCUCCCCGCGCGACUCACGCACGCCUCCCUACUCACAGAUCACCUCACCGCCAUGGUUGACGACGUCGAUGUUCUUCAAAUCGAGCACAUAUCGUCCCUCUGCCCGUACCUACUCAGCGGAUGCUCCUCGCCGGAUGACGUGAUAGAAGUGGUGGAGCUGACGAAGCAGCUGCUAAACUUCGAGCUGGAUGUAGCGGUGGAGAUGGCGGCGCUGCGGCACGACUGCGUGGUGGGCCGCUUCAACUGCCCCUUCGACGACGACAACGACGUCAUCCGCGCCGUAGUACGGGACGCGGACAGCGACGAACCCGUCGAACUCACGAAGCGGACCCUCGUGCCUUGUAUUAAUAAGAUGCUUUUCCGAGCUAUUUACUUCAAAACCAUCACACUCCAUGCGACCACCGAUGAAGAUGAGGAGAGGAAGGAAGACGGAGCUUGGUGCGAUACGUUGCUCGGCAACGAGUAUUUGCAGAUGGAAUUCUGCAAGCUGCUGCGAGAAUUCAUGGUGCUCUACUCGUUGGAUGAGGCUUAUGGCUUUUGGCUGCACCAUGAUAUAAUCAGAGAAGCGAAAGUUAAAAUUGAGGCCGCGAUCGACGAUAUAGGAGCCGCUACCGCGAAAGAAGUUAAAAACCAAAUCCUAUCUCGUCUUCUGGAACUGGCGGCCACCGAAGGGUACUACUGGGCUUGCGCUAGAAGGUUCUAUGAAGUCAAAGUUGAAGGCGGAAAAACUACGAAUGACAAUUUCCAUGAUCGCGUAGUUCCAACGGUCGACGACGGCGCGGAGAGCAAGGAUAAUGUGGAUGCGGAUGAAGAUGAGAAACCGACGGACGGGCGGGAUGCCGACCAGGAUUGUAAAUCGGGAAACGAGCGAGAUGGCGAACUUCAUGGAAACGUGGGUAACACGUUGGACGAAGAGAGCAUACAGCGAAUGGUCAACGGAAAAGGAUACUAUCACUGCUUGCAGGUAAAAUAUGAUAAGAUAACGGGGCGGAGACGUCGCGGGGAAGCGGGCUACGAUCCCGACGGGCGAUCUCCCACCGACCGAGCGGGGGCGGGGCGAAGGAAAUUCAGACUUAGACGCGGGCGGCGAAGGCCACGUUUGGAAAUCGGGAAGAUCGCCCAUAAACGUUGCGUGUCGUUACGAAUAGUAAUUCGGUGGGCAGGCGAACACCCAGUGGAGCGGCGACGAGCGGGCGCGCGAGGAGGCGCUGUUCCUGGCGGCGCUGCGCAGCGCGGCCGCAGCGCGCCCCCCCCGCGCCGCCGCCGCCGCCCGCGCGGGGGCCCGCGACCCGCUGCAGGAGCUGGCCGACUGGCUCGACCCCGCGCCGCUGGAGGACGGCCGUUCGAGGACCGUUCUGCUCAUUUUUUCUGCCGCAGUUUUCGGCGCCCGUCGAGAGCGCCCGAUGAAGCUCGACUUUUAUCGGUGCGGAGGAGACCGGAAUACAUUCGCUCGCGUAUUUUAUCCCGGAUACGUUUGCGAGCGCAGGGACAUAUGGGCGCUGCCGUGGGCGGAGCUGGUGUCCGCGUGCGCGCUAACCUCGUGCGCGGCGGCGGCGCUGCGGGGGCGCGGGUGGGGGGCGCCGCGCGCGCUGUGGGACCGCGCCGCCGCCGCGCUGGCCGCGCUGCUGGCCGGCCUGGCGCGCGCGCCUCGGCGAGGGCCCUCCACCAAGCGGGAGCGUCGCGGGGCCGACCGCCGACGGACGCCGCGGUCGGGUGUCGAAGACGGCGUGCCCGUGCAAAAUCUAUCAACGCAUAUCCCGUGCUAGAUGGCGAUGGUAUCCCGCGCCGCGCUCGGGCUGUUCGUGAGCAUGCGCGAGUUCAUAUCGCGCGUGCCGGCGGAGUGCAUGCGGCGCGAGCCGGCCGAGCACGUGGCGGCGCUGCCGGCCGAGUGGCGGGACGUGCUGGCGCCCGCCGUGCUGCCGCCCCUGGCCGCGCUCGUCGCCCGCCUGCUGGCAUCGUGGGCUCCCCUACUAUUAGUCCCCGUCGGCGCUCUCUCGAUUCGGUGACUAGUUCGCGGCGGGCCUGUCGUCGAAAUAACGCCCGCCAUCGCGAGACCGCGGCCCUAUUGAAUAUCCUUUUUCGCGGCAGAUGCGGCGUCGGCGACGGUGACGGCCGACAUGUGCCGCGUGCUCGCCGCCGCGGCGGACGCCGUGCGCUGCGCGGGCUGGGGGGCGCUGCGGGAGGGGGCGCCGCUGCGGGAGGGGGCGCCGCGGCUGCCGGCGCUGGUGGAGGCGGGCGCGCGCGCUCUGUCCCGCCCGCACCAUCCCGCGUACCACUGUCUCGCUCACACCUUGCUGCUCGCCCUCGCCGGCCCGCUCGCCGAACACGACGGUACGCAUUAUGA